GUGAACUCUUGGGAAAAAACAGCAGACUUAAAAACAUUCAUAUCUUGAAAAAUAAAAUACUGGUGAUAGAUUAGAAAAGAUCAUUGACAAUUAAAUACUUCAAAAAAAUAAAGGCUAGAUACAUCAACUGACAUUGUAAAAUGUAUAGAAUAAGUCCGUUCAUAUGUCUUGUUAUGAUAUUAUUAACAAUCAUAAUCCUAAAGACUGUGCAAAGGAGUCUGAAACUUCCAAGAAUUGUUUGGAGCAAAGAGACAUCAUACUCCAAGAAUUCUCCGAAAAACAAACAUGGCGACUUAAACCCAGAAUAUGAUGAGCAAAUUGAAGAUGAUGCAGAUAAAGAAUAUAACACAAGCACACAAAACAGUGACAUUAGAAACACUACGAAAUCUUGGAACAUAAAGACUAUACUCAUUUGGAAUCCACAAUACAAGCACAGUGGAAUGUCAAAUAUAACAUGUGACAAUUGUCAUUGCGUUGUAACUGAAAACAGAUCACUCUUAAACUUCAGCAGUGCCGUUAUUAUUUCAUCAAACACAAUUAUGAAACAAUAUUUACAAAAGCGAACCUUUUCAGGUUUAUUGCCAAAUUCCCGUGAAAAUGACCAGAUAUGGAUUUUUGCAAGUUUGGAGGCACCACCAAGCCUUCAAAUGUGGCAAACGGUAGAUGAAAAAAAUGAAAUCACAAAAUUAUUCAACUGGACCAUGGGUUACCAUAGAAACAGUGACAUUUGGAAUCCCUAUGGAUACUACAAUGGUUCCCACAUCAAAUACAAAGAAACUAUAAUUGAUAUAAAACAAUGGUCUAUUCAACCAGAUACCAACUUUGCCGAAAACAAAACCAAGCUUGUUUUCAGUGCAAUAAGCAACUGUAUAACGAGCAGUAGACGUGAGGUAUACAUCCACGAUUUACAACACUAUACCUCCGUUGACAUAUAUGGUCGAUGUGGAGAUUUAUUUUGUGAACAAAAUACAUCAUGUGAAGAUGAGUUCUAUAAACCAUACAAAUUCUAUCUGGCGUUUGAGAAUUCGAUUUGUGAAGAUUAUGUGACAGAAAAACUGUGGCGUGCUCUAGUGAAAUGGAAUGUAGUUCCGAUCGUACUCGGAGGUGCAGAUUACGAGACUCUACUUCCUCCUAACUCCUACAUUGACAUUGCAGAUUUUUCCUCAACAUCAUACCUUGCAAGAUUUCUGAAAAUGCUCAAUGAAAAUGACAAUCUUUACAACCAAUAUUUCAUGUGGAAAUUCAUACCUGAACAUAGAGAUCUUAACACAAAGUCAGAAUGGCCACUAGAAACAACAUUUUGUCAAAUCUGCAAUAAGCUUAACAGUGCCCCCAUGUCAAAUGAGUAUUUCAUGAGCUUAGAACAAGUCUAUGAUAAGAAAAGAUAUUGUAAAAAGACAAGUAAAUAUUAUGAUUCAACUUUGCUAUAGCUUUAAUGCGAUAUAGUGUACAUAGGUAACAUAUUACUGCAAAACAUCCUCCAUCUAGAGGUAAAUUUUUAACCAAAUAAUGCCUAAAAUCAAAAUGAGACAUGGCAUUGACAUGCGAAAUGUCACUACCUACCAUUUUUUACAGAUAUUAUGUAACAGAUGCCAACCAUUGAACACCAACCCCUGUCCAAAAAAAGUUGGAGAGUAUAACAAUAUGUCACCACCCGAAAAAUCUGAUUCUGUUUUUCUCAUUUAUUCUGCAAUAUGAUUUGCAUAGAGUUUUAAAUAUGUAUUGUAUACCAAUCCCCAGGAUCCAGUUAGUUAGUCAGAUGUUUGGCUACUCACCCUGGUUUACGUUUUGGCAGUGUAUCUUUACAUAUGAUGUCCAGCUUGAGCUUGGUUUGAUGUAGGAGACCUGAGGCCUGCUCCAGACUCUCCUGGUCUUCCUCUGUAGGACUAGUGCUUUGUAAUGUCUGAAACACAUUGCAAAUAUACAUAGAGUUCUAACACAUGCCAAAUAUACUUUGUAAUGUCUAAACAUAUAGCAAAUAUACUUUGUAAUGUCUGAAAUAUUCUAUCUGGUGUCUGAAAGACAAGGCAAAUAUACUUUGUAAUGUCUGAAAAAAUAUUUUUGAAGAUGUCUUUGUACCUUCACUUUGUAAAGGUAUAAUGCAGAUACCCUUUAAAGAACCUGAGAAAUACAUAUGUCAGAAAAUCUUGAAUUUUGUCACUUCAAAUGUUUGUACAAUAAAAAACCAGUUCUUUCAUUGAUCAAAUUUGUCACAUGACAAGAGAUAUAGAACCUUACCUUUAUGACAUCCAAUAUAUGAAGACAGUGAUAGAUAGGACCUAGUAGUGACUUGGGCAGGACGUAUUUCACAGCAUCUCGAAAACCAUUGCCAGUAUUCUGCAAACAACGCAAAAACAUACAAAAUGAUACAUUUGAACUUCUACAGGUGUAUAGAUCUUUCCAAUAAAUCCUGACCCUUUUUGUUGAGCCAAAAAAACUUAAGUAUAUUGGCUAGAUUUAUGAUAUCAUAAUUUUGCAGGCAGUGAUGUUUGUAGACAAAAUUGUAGAGGUUUUUUGAGUUAGAAUAACUUAAUCUUAUUUCUACCCAUUCUGAUACUCAUAGCAUCUUUCUGUUUCACCUGAAACAUGGGCUGAGAAGAAAUGAGAUGUCAUGGAUUAUCAUGAUGAUUUCUACCCAGAAAUUGUAAGAAUGACAACAUAACUUAUACGUAAGUUGAUUUAAUGGAUUGGUAUUUCUAGCUAUGUCUAAAUCAUUUUUAUUGAUUCAAGCCAGAAUUUGCUUGAAGAGUCAUUAUAAGGUGUUUUAGCUAGAGGCCUGUAUCGAGAAAUGU